CGCAGCAAUUUUAACCCAUGUAACUGGAACGAUAUACUGAAUUCAACAGCAUACAUAUAUUAGAUGUAAUUAUAAAUGCUUAAUCUGUAGAUAAUUUAAAUGGCAAGAGUUAUUAUUAACAAAGUAUCAUAUAUGUUUAAUAAUGCUCUACCCCCACACAUAUGACAGUGGUAUCGUCUGUUUUCCGUGUUGAAAUCCUCCAAGCUGAGCCGAGAAGCAAAUUCGAGGAGAGGAACAUUGUACAUUUUACAACAUACAUUUAUAUCUAACACUUGUACAGUUUUAGCAAUGUCUACUCCAGCAAGAAGGCGACUCAUGCGGGAUUUUAAAAGACUUCAAGCGGAUCCUCCAGCUGGAGUUAGCGGUGCUCCGUCAGAAAACAAUAUCAUGGUAUGGAAUGCAGUGAUAUUUGGGCCAGAAGGAACUCCCUUUGAAGAUGGUACAUUCAAAUUGACUGUAGAAUUCACAGAAGAAUACCCAAACAAACCACCCACAGUCAGAUUCAUAUCAAAAAUGUUUCAUCCUAAUGUAUAUGCAGAUGGAAGCAUAUGUCUUGACAUCCUACAAAACCGGUGGAGUCCAACUUAUGACGUGUCAUCCAUUCUCACCUCAAUCCAGUCUUUGCUUGAUGAACCAAACCCUAACAGUCCAGCUAACAGCCAAGCAGCUCAACUUUACCAGGAGAACAAACGGGAGUAUGAGAAGCGUGUGUCUGCUAUUGUUGAGCAGAGCUGGAGGGACAGCUGACCAGACACUGCAGAGCACAGAACUUUGUGUGAUUAUAGUUUAGUUGAGUGAAUUGUUCAAAUGCACUUUAAUCUAAAUAUGUCAAUUUUUCCCCUGGAGAACUUGUGCUCAGCCAAUAUCACCUGGUCAUUUUCUAUUCAAAAAGUGACACACAUGGUGUCAGCCCAGAAACCUGGACAAUAUGAUAUCCAAGAGCCUUUUUUUUUCUCAAGAAGAACCAAACUGAAUGGACAUGGUGCUGCCUUGCCAUCCUUGAACUUGUCCAUGCCACAAUUGGAACUGAUGAUCCUGUUAUGCUGUUUUUGUGUGUUCUGUUACAUGCCUGAAAGUUUUUUUUUUUCUCUGUUCCACGUGUUAUUGAUUUCUUGUGUACUAUAUUAUAAUAAUACACUUUAACUUUCAUGUA